AUGCCUCCUGCACCACCGCCUCCUUUGAGAUCGAUUCUUCAUCGACAUCGGCAAUUGGCGCCCAAUGCCUCUAUCCGUGUAUCUCCUUUGUGCCUUGGGACAAUGAACUUUGGAGAUGCUUGGAAAUCGCGAAUGGGUGAAUGUUCCAAGGAGACUACGUUCCAGAUACUCGACCACUUUCUCGAGAAGGGGGGAAACUUCAUUGAUACUGCCAAUGCCUACCAAAACGAGGAGUCAGAAAUGUGGAUAGGAGAGUGGAUGGCAUCUCGAAAGGUUAGAGACCAGAUUGUGCUGGCAACAAAGUAUUCUGCGAGCUUCAGGGGUUAUCAGAAAGAUGUCAUUCAGUCCAACUAUGGUGGCAACGGGACCAAGUCUAUGCGUCUGUCUUUGGAAGCAUCACUGGAGAAGUUGCAAACCAAAUAUGUUGACCUGUUCUACGUUCACUGGUGGGACUAUGCCACCUCUAUUCCUGAGCUCAUGCACGCACUCAAUGACUUGGUGGCCUCCGGCAAGGUUCUCUAUCUCGGCAUUUCCGACACUCCAGCCUGGGUAGUUUCCAAAGCCAAUCAAUAUGCUCGUGAUCAUGCUUUGCGCCCCUUUGUCGUUUAUCAGGGCAUGUGGAACGCAUCCACGCGCGACAUGGAGCGCGAUAUUCUGCCUAUGUGUCGCGAUGAACAGAUGAGCGUCUGUGCAUACGGGUCUUUGGGCCAGGGGCGGUUCCAGACAGAAGCCUCUAUGCGUGAACGUGAAAAUACCAACACUGGACGCCAGUCGAAGCCUCCGACGCCGGUCGAGAAAUCGGUCUCCAAGGUGCUUGAGCAGAUUGCAGUCAAGAAAGACAUACACGUUACUGGCGUUGCAAUGGCCUAUAUCUUGCAUAAAGCCCCGUUCGUAUUCCCGAUCGUGGGAGGGAGGAAGGUGGAUCAUCUCGAGGGAAACAUUGACGCGUUGGGUGUUUCCCUGGAGGGUGAGGAGAUUGAACAGAUUGAGGCAUCCCAUGAGUUUGAUCCUGGUUUCCCACACACUUUCCUGAGCGGGACUUUGUUCACCGAUGAGAAACCAAGGGCUGCUCAAAAACCGCAAGAUGUCUGGUUGACAAGGCUGAUGGGUAACUUCGAUUGGGUUCAGCCACAGGCUCCCAUUACCCCUCCAUUCACGAGCAAUUGA